AUGGCAUCCGGCGACUUCAAAAUAAUCAUCGCCGGUGGAGGCAUCGCCGGCCUCACACUGGCGAAUGUGUUGCAGCAAUUUGAUAUCGACUAUGUCAUUCUCGAAGGCCACUCGGAUAUUGCACCCCCCGUCGGCGCGAGUAUUGGUCUCUUCCCCAAUGGCCUUCGCAUUCUGGAUCAGCUGGGCGUGUACGAGGAUGUCAUGCACCAGUCUAUGCACCGCACUAAGAUGGCAUAUACACGAGACAAGGAUGCGAAUGUCAUUGCCGCGUUGCCUUCGUUCUUCCAGCACCUGGAGCGGCGGCUAUUCAGUCAUGGAUACGGCCUGCUGUUCUUCGAUCGGCAGAAGUUGUUGCAAAUUCUGUAUGAUCAUAUCAAGCACAAAGACAAGGUCCUGCUUAACAAGAAAGUUGCCGGUGUCGAACCCAUUGAUGGAGGUGUCACUGUUACGACUGCGGAUGGCUCGACGUAUAUCGGCACCCUAGUCGUCGGCGCAGAUGGCAUCCACAGCAGAACCCGCGCUGUGAUGAAAUCCCUUGGAAAUAAGCUCCAACCAGGGUACUUCCCUCCCAACGAGGAAGUCCGCGUUCCCUGCUACUACCGAUGCAGCUUUGGAAUCGCCCAGCAUGUCCCCGGAUGGGUGUCAGGAGACCAAAACAUCGUGAAUGGAAACGGCCAGUCCCAGCUUGUCGUGUCGGGACCCGAAGAGCGCGUGUAUUGGUUCCUGUUUGAUCGCCUGCCCGAGAUCAAAUACGGAAAAGAUAUCCCGAAAUAUAGCAAAGAGGAAGAGGCGGAGUUUGUGAGGCAGAAUUAUAACCUGCCCAUCACAAAAGAGGUGACCUUCGGCCAGGUCUUCGACAAGCGGCUUUCCUCGACUUUGACGCCUCUACACGAAGUCGUGUUUAAGAUAUGGUUCUUCGGGCGGAUUAUCACGCUUGGUGAUUCGGCUCAUAAGCCAAACCCCAUCGGUGGCCAAGGUGCCAACGGCGCCAUGGAAUCAUGCGCCGAGCUUGUCAAUGCCAUCCUCCGGAAGAGAGAAAGUCGUAAUGGCAGCCUGGCGAACCUGACCGACCAAGAUAUCGAGGAUAUCUUCACCGAAACACAAGCUGCUAGACAUGGCCGUGCCGAAGACAUUAUUCGUAUCGCGCAUGAGACGCAGGCACUAAAUGCCUAUGAGAACCGAGUCAUCUCCACCAUAGUGAACAGUCUUGUCCAGCCGUUGAUAGGAGACGAGUUCGUCUAUGGACGCAUAGGUGAUGUGUUCAUCGGCUCCUCCGCUGUCGAGAAGCUCCCCAUCCCCUAUCGACUGCGAGCCAUACCCUUCAGCGAUGAGCGACCAGCCAGGCCCCUUAGCAAGACCGUCUCGAAGUACGUCCGGCGUGCCUUCGUAGGAGGCAUGGGUGUCAUUAUCUUAGUCACCUUCAAAGCAUUCCGAAUGGACUUUUUGAGUCUCGUCGGGAACUGGGGAGAGUCAGGACCCAUCGUAAUCCGAUGGUUUGGGGAAACGUCUGCCUCCAAGUUCAUGAACAUGUUGGUAUCCGUGACAUCGUACCUUAUCCUCGACAAAGAGCCAACUUCACGGGUGCAUCUCCUCGGAUUCCUCCCCCAGCUCAUUUCGCCUCUCCUGAUCUACACCAUUGAGGGAUACCGUCUAGGGAACCAAGGUUCUCCUCUCGCUCUCCCGACCCUCUUCACGGCCGGCAUGCAGGUCCAGGGUAUCGGCCGCAUUGCGCCCCUCCAUGCUAUACUGAGUGCACUUUACACGCACGAAGAGACACCCGGCCGCGCCGUUCCCAAAGCAGUGGCUAUGUCCCUGGUCCCAGCCAUCACCAUGGGCUUUGUCAUUCCAACAGUUAUGAUGUUCUUGCCGACGCCAAACACAGCAGCCUGGCAGCACUGGUCUGCCGUCUGGCAAAUCGCACCACCGCUCUUCAACGCCCUGACAAUAGUCUUUUCGGCAGGUAUCAGACGCUUGCAACGCAGCCACCAACCCUGCCAAGUAGAAGACGACUCAUUUGAACGAUAUGAACAAGACGAUGUCCCAAUUUUGAAGAGCGUCUACAUGUAUGCGUUUGCAGUGCAGUCGGCCGUCCACAUCGCAUCUCUGGCAUACGCAUGGUCCCAUCCCGGUAUAUCUGUAACCAAGAUGUUCUUCGGCUUGCCAAAUCCCUUCAGGGAAGAUUGGAAUCUCAGAACUGUCACGGAGCAUGCGGCCACGUUCAUCCGGUGGGAUGCCGCCACAGCCUUCCCGGCGUAUCUAGGAGGAAAUUUGUACUCCAUAUGGGAGCUCCGUCGUCACGGGUACAUCAAAACAAGAAGUGCGGUCAAAGCUGCCCUUUCCGUCCUGGCUGGCCAGUUUCUCGUCGGCCCAGGUGCGACGUGGGCUGCGCUGUGGACCUGGCGGGAGGACGUCAUCGCAAACGCUGCGGAUUCCUUGGCCGAUUCAGAUCGGGUGAAGAAAGACUGA